UUCUGCCUCCUCUAUCGCUCCUUGCCAUACAUCUACCACCUGAGCAACACUGGGAUAACACAUGUAUUUGUACGUUUUCCCCCCCGGUUGUUGCACGCUGAACGUGGGUGUAAGAAGGAAAAGUUUUUGACAGCUUCUUUCUUGGAGUAACAGACUACCACACCUUCCUGGAGGUUUAGCCCCGCCAGACCACAGUGAACUCAAUUGACCGGUACCUGUCACCUGUUUGAAGUGUCUGGUCGUGCUGCUUUAAUAACGUGGUGUGACCGGAGCGCUUUUCCCCCGGUUUCACCUCACCGAGCCCGGGCAUCAUGAGAACCUGGAGGCGGUGGAAGAACUUUGCCAUUGUGCUCUUCGCUCUCCAGGUCUGGUGCCUGUCCACGGCGACGGAAUAUACGGACAGCAAGGUUGACAACACACAGGAGGAAAGUAUUCCAGACCAGGCUAAACAGCGAGGCGAAGCAGCCAGACCAGAGCGCUAUGAGACCACGGUACCUCUGCUGCUGAAGGGCGAGGAGCGCAGACCUUUCUUCCAGCACAACGCCGGGAGCUAUCCUGCGUCACUCCAGCUGCUGGUUCAUGCUGAAGGUGAACGGCUGAUCCUGUUGCUGCAGAGAAAUGAGGGUCUAUUUGCAAGCCAUUACACUGAGACACAUUACCGGGAGGAUGGAAGUGCAGUCACCGGUGCUCACAACUUCACGAAUAACUGCUACUACCAUGGGGAAGUGCAGACGCAUCCAAACUCUGAUGUCACCCUCAGUACCUGCUCAGGCCUUCGAGGCUUCAUCGCACUUGAAAACAAGACAUUUAUCAUUGAGCCAAAGCCUGGACAUGACAACAGUGCUCACUUCAUCUACCGAGUGGAAGAACUCACCCUGACCCAAGGAGCCUGCGGUCAUGGUUUCAACAUGUCCUCUAUUGCCUCUGAAAACCACAUCAAAAGCCCCUUUCAAUCCUUCCACUCGAGGCAUAAAAGGCACACUCAGAAGACAACAAAGUACGUUGAGCUGAUCAUUGUUGCAGACAACAGAGAGUUUCAGAAACAGGGGAGGGACGUGGAGAAAGUGAAACAGAGACUGGCAGAGAUAGCCAAUUACGUGGACAAGUUCUACAGAGCCCUGAACAUCCGGGUGGCCCUGGUGGGUCUGGAGGUGUGGAGUGACUCUGAUAAAUGUCCCGUGACCCAGGAUCCCUUCAACACCUUGCACGAGUUCCUGGAUUGGAGGAAAGUCAAACUGCUGCCCCAGAAACCUCACGACAACGCUCAGCUCAUAAGCGGGGUUUACUUCCAGGGCACCACCAUUGGCAUGGCGCCCAUCAUGAGCAUGUGCACAGCUGAGCAGUCUGGAGGUAUUGUCAUGGAUCACUCUGAGAACCCGCUGGGUGCAGCCGUGACUUUGGCACACGAGCUUGGACACAAUUUUGGGAUGAACCACGACACGCCGGAGCGCGGCUGUGGCUGCAGGAUGACCGUUGACCGCGGAGGCUGCAUCAUGACCCCCUCCACAGGGUAUCCUUUUCCUACGGUGUUCAGUACUUGCAGUAAGAAGGACCUUGCUGCCAGUCUGGAGAAAGGCGUGGGCAUGUGUCUGGACAACAUGCCCGAGGUCAAGGUGCUCUACGGUGGACAAAAGUGCGGCAACGGCUACGUGGAGGAGGGAGAAGAGUGCGACUGUGGGGAGCCAGAGGAAUGUAUGAACCCAUGCUGCAACGCCACCACGUGCACCCUCAAGGGAGAUGCCGUGUGCGCCCACGGACAGUGCUGUGAAGACUGUAGGCUGAAACCGGCUGGCACUCUGUGUCGAGAGUCCAGCAACUCCUGUGACCUGCCAGAGUUUUGCACCGGUGCCAACCCUCACUGUCCAGCCAACGUCUAUCUGCAUGACGGGCACGCCUGCUACAGCGUGGAAGGCUACUGCUACAACGGCAUCUGCCAGACGCAUGAGCAGCAAUGCAUCACCCUGUGGGGCCCAGGAGCAAAACCUGCCCCUGGGAUCUGCUUCCAGCGAGUCAACUCUGCAGGCGAUCCUUACGGGAAUUGUGGGAAGGAUUCCAAAGGCUCCUUUGCCAAAUGUGAUGCGAGGGAUGCAAAGUGUGGUAAAAUUCAGUGCCAGGGGGGAGCCAACCGGCCAGUGAUCGGAACAAAUGCUGUUUCUAUUGAAACAAAUAUCCCGCUCCAAGACGGAGGACGAAUCCUGUGUCGGGGAACGCAUGUGUAUCUGGGCGAUGACAUGCCGGACCCUGGGCUGGUGCUGGCUGGUACCAAGUGUGGAGAUGGCACGGUGUGCCUGAACCGCCAGUGUCAGAAUGUCAGUGUCUUCGGAGUGCACGAGUGCUCCGGGAAGUGCAAUGGACGUGGGGUGUGCAACAACAAGAUGAACUGCCACUGUGAAGCACACUGGGCGCCUCCACUCUGCAACAGCGCCGGCUUCGGUGGGAGCAUCGACAGCGGCCCGAUGAGACUGGCAGCCGACAGUGCGGUCAUUACUGUGGCGAUCCUGGUAACGCUGAUCAGCUUGCUGGUCACCACCCUCAUCAUCUUUCUGAAGAGGAAGACUCUGCUGCGGCUCGUCUUCAACAAUAAGAAGAGCACCUUGGAGAAACUCAGAUCUUUGGAGGCCAGCAAGCCAACCAGCCCCCUCAGGACUCAGUCCAUGUACAGACCCACCCCAAAGCGCAAGCCUCCACCCAAACCCUCUGCGGCCAACAUUUAUAAGCCAUCUCUCCUGAGUGCCGAGCCUCUUCUCCCCCCACACAAUUUCCACUCCCACAGCCUGCGCAGACUGCCCCUCUACCAGCCGCUGCACAUCAGCCAGCCCAUGCCGGUGUCUCUGAGCGUGGGACAUCCCAUCCUGCCUCCUCUGCCGGCUCACCACAGGGUCCUGCCGGCUCACACGCCCCUCUCCCCGCCCCGAGUGACACCUUUCCUCAGCCUGCCGCGCCAGCAGCCGUCCUGCAGAGCAGAUCAGGACUAUAUGAAGCCGAGUCCUCCCCAGAAGCCCCUGCCUGCAGACCCUCUAGGGAGGAGCUCUCGGAUGGGUCACAGCGCCACCUCGGGGGUCCACUUCCCAGCAAAUCGACCGCUCCCCAUCCCCAUCCCCACCGUGCCCAGGCCUCCGCCCAACAUCCCUCUACCCAGCAGACCUGUGCCGAUGUUGCCCUACAGACCUCCGAAGACAUAAGGACUGUUGCGCUCUUUUGGACUCGUACAUCUGCCGCCCACAGACGGAGACUUUCUAGAUUUGCACUAAACAACUGAGACUCUGUAAGACCUUUUGGACAGUGGGAAGCAUCACAGAGUUUCCAGUGAAAGGGGGCUAACGUCACACCUCGGUGCUACGCCUUUUAAAAGGUGCUGUGUUGUCCUCGCUCAGGUACCAAUGAACUAUUUAUCUAUUUAAAUAUUUAACUGCGAUAUCACCAGUUUGUGCACAAGACUCUCUUGAACGUUUUUCCCCACGGAAAAGUGAAAAAAAGAGGGUGUAAUUUAGAAUAUUUCUUUUGCAUUCUUUGGUGAUUUUAUAUACUUUUUUCUCAAACUAAAUGCUGAAAUAUAUGAUGUUUUUAUAACCAGUUAAGUUGCUUGAGUAAUCGAAGCGCUAAAAAGUCAGUUUUUGAACUUAAACGACGAUAAAGGGAAAUGGAGCACAACUCGGCACAUUGUCAGUGUAGCUUGUGAGCCAUAGAGCCGUGAUUAUUCAGUUAUUUCAUAUUUUCUAUGAUGUGUUAAAUACCAAAUACAUCUUUUCCAUCUCUGUCACCACGGUGCUGCAAAGUAGAUAUUAGAAUCUUGUUUUUUGUUUUUAUUACAGAGACUUACACUAUGUUUGUAUUGCGGGUUUCAUCAUCGUACAGCCUCACAGUCAGGCUCUUUUAUUACCUUAUAAGUUCACUUCUUUGUACUCAACAGAGAAAGUACUUUUCACACAUAUUUCAGCCUGGCUCCGACACUCUGCUCGGGCAUGUGUUGGACACUUUUUUCCUGAUACUGGCAGACGCUGUGGAGUCUCAACAGAUUUGACAGACUGAUUGUGUUCCAGAGAAUUACACCAACACCAAAUAAUGCAGCAUUAGCUCUGGUGUUUGUAUGUUUAACAUUUACGCUCACUUUGUCCUCGGGUGUGCGAGCCAAGCCGGAUGACUUCAGCGCUGUGAGCUUUCCAAGUUCCCCUCGACCGUGUCCAACGAGAUGUUUCACCGUAUCUGUGUCAUCUUUUUUUUUACCUUCAUAACAUUCCUCUUGGAUUUUGUAUGGUUUUGAUUUCCUUGGACUCUGAGAUUAUUUCGUUCAUCAUCUGGGCGUUGCACUUUUGAGUCUGCCAAUUUCCGUGAUGUUAUUUGUGCUUGACUUGCUGUUAAACAUAGAGGGAUUCAACUGGUAAAAACUUGACAGCACACUUCUUUCUCCUCUGUCAGUGUGUCCACAUGCACUGUUUGUCUUCUCACCACUGCAGAAUGAUCGAAGUCAGGAAAGCCCUGCAGCAGUGUGCGAGUAGUGUGUUUUUGUUUUGUUCAGAUGUGUUCGACAGUCAGAGUAACUGCUCUCCGCUGGAAAAUAUUUGUCAGUGCUGUGUCGAUUAGUCAUUAAAUGUUACCAUUUGUAAAUCCUAAAUGUACCCUGUUUAUUUGCAUAACUGUACCAUGUUUAAAAGUCAUUGUAAAGUGUAAAUAUUGUAUGUCAGUUAUUAUUUCCCUCAUUAUUUGGUCUGUUUUGCUCUCUUAUUGGAUCAGACCAUCAUUGUUUGUUUUACAACCACAGUGUUAUACAGUAAGAACUGCUUUGAGGUUGUGCCCCAUUUACACUGGGAAGAUUUCAACCUUUAACUUGCAGGCCAGAGACAAGUGUUUCAUUUUAACCGAGAGAUUUUAUUACUGAAAUCAGAAACCAAAUAAAGUUCCUUUAUGACUGUU